AUGAAAGAACAGCAGACAAUGAUGAUUGAACAGCAAGCUUCAUUAAGAAAUCAUCAACCAUCAAUCCAUAAUCUCGAAGUCCAAAUUGGUCAACUAACCACUUUGGUGAGCAACAAAUUAUCCUCACAAUUUCAUGAAAAUAAUUCUCAACCCCAUGUUAUGAUGAUUGAGACUAAAGAAAAGGCAAUCUCUAAGUUCUUAAAAGCACUUGAAGUGGAACCGAAGCAAUCCGAUCCAAAGCUGGAAAAUAAAAAUGUUGCUAAAACACAGAAGUCACGAUGUGAACCUCUUCAGUUCAUGUUGUGUGACCAGUCUGAUCGGAAAACUUUAGAAAACAUUUCGACUUAUUGUCCGCCUUUACCAUUUCCGUCCCGAGCUAAUCUUAGUCCACUGGAAUGGGAGCAUUUGGAGUUUAUAAAGUACAUCAAGAAUAUUCCUAUAAAUACUCCUUUUGUUGAGACGUUCGCUAAAAUUCCCGAGUAUGCAACAUUCCUACAAGAUUUAAUGGAUAGUCGUCAACAAUUGAAGAAAAAUUCCAAGGUGGUUGAGCAAAGUUCAAGGUUAGUGUUGGGAGAAUUACCAAAGAAGAUUGGAGAUCCUGGACGUCUCACUCUUCCAUGUGAGUUUGGGAACAAUCUAAAGACUUAUGCUUCAGCCGAUUCUGGGGCUAGCAUAAAUUUGAUGCCUUUCUCAUUUUACAAAAUGCUUAAUAUUCAGAAGAUGAAGGCUACCAAAAUGACAAUUCACAUUGAAAACCGUUCAGUGACACAACCAAGGGGCAUUGUAGAAUACAUAUUAGUAAAAAUUGGAAAUUUUGUUUUCCCAAUUAAUUAUGUGAUUAUGGAUAUGAAAGAAGAUCUCGAUGUCCCCAUUAUUCUUGGUCGCCCAUUACUUAACACUACUGGUGCCUUGGUUGAUAUUUGCGAGUCCAAAAUCACUUUGAGAAUAGGAGAUGAAAAGGAAACUUUUGGAAUAGAAGAUGGUUUCCAAGGGAGUGAUGUUCAAGGAGAGGUUUUCAAUAUAGAUAAAGAGGAUGAACUUGAAGAAUUGGGGAAGUUGAUUGAAGAAGAAAUAAAAACAAUUUAA